CAAGUGUUGAAGCUCCUCGAGUUUGAUACAGGCACUCGUGUCAAAAUUCAGCUUUCUCGGCCAUUAAGUGCUGUUCAAGAUGGUGCGAAGAGGAAAAGAAGCAGCUGCGCCAAGUGGAAAGCGCCCCGGCGACGACUAUAUCACGGUUACAGCUCAACAGUCACGCUAUGCUCUCGAUGCAGUUGAUGCUCCGGCAUCCAAAGAGAUAUUGAUCAAGGAUUUAUCAAUCAGUGUCUCCGACCGAGAAUUGCUCAGCCAUGUAACCCUCCACCUGGUCGAAUCACGUCAUUAUGUCCUUGUUGGGCGCAACGGCACAGGCAAAAGUACAUUACUCAAGGCCAUAGGGGACGGACUUAUUCCAGGCAUCCCAUGGAGCACGAGGAUUCUGCUGCUUGGCCAGACUCGAGACCUGGAGCUUGAUGAACAACUCUCGCAGAUGAAAGUCAAAGAAGAGACGGUGUUGCAGCACGUAGUGCAAAGCGACCGAUUGAGAGAAAGAUAUACGAGGGAAGCAAACGUCCUAGGCGAGGCUAUCGAGCAGUCGUCAGACCCGAUGGCGCCGGUAAGGGCAUUCAGAAAAGUCACACAUGACCGACUAGCGCUGCAAUUGAAAGAGGCAAAUCGAAUUGCUGAGCGGAGAAGUGGAGCGAGGGGAAAGCUGGCAAGGAAAGAGCUCAUCAAGCUCGAAGAGCGAUUCGAAGAGUCCAAAGCGCGACUGACGCACGAUGAAAGCGAGGUUGAUGCUGCGAAUCUGAGCACCGAAACAAGCGCAGCAGCUGAUCUUCUCACCAACAUCCAAUCCGCCUUGGAGCUGAUGGACGCCUCACAAGCUGAGACCAAAGCCAGAAGGGUCUUACUGGGCCUAGGCUUCAAGGACACCAACAUCGACAAGCCCAUCUCGGAGUUAUCGGGAGGAUGGAAGACACGCUGUGAUCUUGCAUGCGCUUUGUGCCAGUACGCGGACGUGCUACUGCUCGACGAACCUACCAAUUUCUUGGAUCUGCCAUCUAUUAUUUGGCUCCAAGACUACAUCCGUAAUCUAAAAGAUGCGACGGUUCUCAUUACGACGCACGACAGAGACUUUGGUGACGCCGUUGCAGAAGAGCUCAUUGUUCUGCGGCACCAAGCAUUGGAAGCUUUCCGAGGAAACCUGGGCCUGUACGAACGCGAGAGGUAUAAAAAAGCGCGGUAUUGGACCAAGAUGAAAGAUGCACAGGAUAAGCAGAAAAAGCACAUGGAGAAAUCAGUGGCAAACAACAUAAAAGCAGCAAGAGACAAGGGAGAUGACAAGAAAUUGAAGCAAGCUGCAUCUCGCAAGAAGAAGCUGGAUGAGCGGACGGGCAUUGAAGUCGGAAUCAAGGGAGGACGGUUCAAGCUCAACCGCGAUUUGGCUGGCUAUCACCUCUCAAAUCGAGCAGAGAUCGAGAUACCCGAUUUUGAUCCACCAGUCAAGAUGGCAUUCCCACGGCAACCGCCAGACCUGAGGUUUCCAGGGUCGUUGGUGAGCCUGGAGAAGGUGUGUUUUGCGUACCCCGGUCGCAAGAAAGAACCCGUUCUGACGGACAUAACUUUGACCAUUCAUCCUGGGCAGAGAGUCGGUCUGGCUGGCCUGAAUGGAUCCGGCAAGACGACCCUGAUCAGUCUCGUCGCGGGCAGCAGCGAUGAUAGCAUAGGGGGUCUCACACCAACCUCAGGCACCAUCGCUCGUCACGCGCGCGCAAAGUUUGGCCGCUUCUCACAGCAGUCGGUAGAGGAGAUAGCAGCGAUUGCAAGCGCGAAGCCGCAACUGACGGCCCUGUCGCACUUGCGGGAACACUGUGGCGCAGAGAUGGACGAGAAGGCAGCAAGACAGCUACUAGGUAGUCUGGGACUACAGGGACAAUCGGCAUCGGACGUCCCUCUCGCACUGCUCUCCGGUGGACAGAAGGUGCGGGUGGCACUAGCGAAACUAUUGUGGCCUCCCCCGCAGCUUCUCAUCCUCGACGAGGUUACGACGCAUCUAGAUGCAGACAGUAUCCUGGGCCUGAUCAUUGCGCUGCGAGAGUACGACGGAGCUCUGCUUGUUGCUACGCACGACAGAUACUUCAUGCGGACGGUGGUAGAAGGGGAGAGCCCAUACAGACUAGCGCCAGGGGUGCAGACGGAAGACGAAGCGGAGAGCUCCUCGGAAGAGGAAGAGACAGGGGCUGCUGUGGGAACGGUAUACCGGCUGUUCAAGGGUCGGCUCCAGAAGCUGGAGGGCGGCAUGGAGCGGUACGAGGAGAUGGCUGCGCGGGCAGCUGCGAAGCUGGGCAGGUAGCCACACCUGGUGGCGCGUAGGCAGCGACUAGUCCAUGUAGAUGUAAGAAUGUACAGCGGUGUAGGGGUC